AUGGAGCGCAAUUUCGAUAUGAAAUCUAUAACUGUACAUACAUCUCGGCCAGAUUUGAUCUCCUUUUCCGAUUGGAAGGUUGAGCGUGUUAGUCGUGGAGUGUUUGCCUUCUCUGGUAUAUAUACUCUUAAUGUAACUGUUAAUGCUGGAGACUCCAACCAGAUUGAAGUCCUUACAUAUCGUAGCGACAAUGGCGUUCGGGAUUUUCGUUUAUUGCCUUUUAUAGUGGAACGCCAGCAUGUGUAUGAUUAUAUGAAUGGCUUCUAUAAAUUCUAUGUAAUGAAUAGCAUCAAGUCGUGUUCGACAAUGCCCGUUUUCAAAGGCCGUUUUAAACCACCAAUGGAAAAGAGAAGUUAUGUUUUGGACAAGUGUCAAGUGAAUUUGGAUGAUUUUCCCCAAGUGCCAGACGGAUUUUAUAGAGCAGCUAUUCUUGGAUAUGGCGAUGCUGUUUGGGCUGUAAAUUUUACCGGACAACUGAGUGUGAUGUGGUAA